UACGCUUUUCCACGCGUUUCCUUCUCGCUUUUCGGCGGUCGGGACGACGUCAGUUCGCGCGCGGCUACGCUACCAUACGGUCGUUCCAGAGAGACUCCUUCGACGAGAGAGAGAGAGAGAGAGACACGUCUUCUCUUGAGAAAAGGGUAUCAAGGUCGCGGUGAUAACCACCGUCUCCCUCCGCUGUGCACGCGGGGAUCACGUCGUUCACUCUGCACGAUUCGCCAUGACGUGGGCACCGUUGCUGGCAGGACUCGUUCUACUGUCGGCGAUUCCGUCCGGUUUGCCACAAAGCAUCAAUGACGACAAAGUUGAAACGCGAUGGAAGCGCAGUAUCGACCUGAACGACGUCUACUACUCGAAGAUGCGCCAGCAUAGAUUGCCAAGCGAAGUCAUGCCGAGCAAUUAUUCCGUGUACAUCGUACUCGACGACGAGACCAAGUUCCAUGGCGACGUCGCGAUCAACCUCACCUGGUCCGAUACCAGCGACAGGAUAACCCUGAACGUCCAUCCGGACCUUAAAAUCUCAGAUCAGACCACCAUCAGACUGAUUCGGUUGUCGCCUGAAGAAGCGGAGAUGGGCGCGUCGAUGAGCGUGAAUAUCGCGAGAACCGAAUUGCAGCUGCGAAAGUCCUGGUACAUUAUCCAUCUGGAGCAAUUACUGAAGAAGGGGAGCGUCUGCGAGGUUACGAUUAAAUUUACCGGAAAUAUCACGAGCAACGAGACUGCCGGUCUCUACAGGAGCGUAUACAUGGAUACCGAUGGACGAAAGCACGUCUUCUUCGCCACUCAUCUUCAAUUAGACAACGCGCAGAGGCUGUUUCCUUGCAUGGACGAGCCACCUUACAAAGCGACGUUCAAAUUGAGGGUGGUGCACCCCCUAAACUUGAGGAUGCUCGCGAACAUGCCGAUAGUGUCCAAGAGUAUCCACCAUUCCUCCCUGCCCAACGACGCGGAGAUGGUCCAGAGCUUUGCCGAGGAGACACCGCGUAUGUCGACGAAUCAAUUGGCCUUCGUGAUAUCGGACCUGCAAUACAUCGAGCCCAGCAAGGUGGAAAUUCACGAGAUGAACGGACGGAAGCUGCAGGUGAAGGUUUGGGGUCGCAAGGAAUUCAUGGAGUCGCUGGUCGGCGUUCCCGACAAAGUCGCGACGAUCGUUAAUUACCUGCAGAACUACUUCAACAGCUCGCUCGGCGUACCGAAAUUGGACGUGAUGGCGAUUCCCAUGUACAGCGCUUCCAAAGCCUCCGAUAAUUGGGGUCUCAUGUUCUUCAAGGAGAGCGAACUCAGCAGCUCGCUGGUAUGGACUACCGCUUAUGAAAUUCUCUAUCAGUGGAUCGGCCAAUCCGUCACUCCGUUCCGUCGAAACGACGCGCCGGUCAACAAGGCUCUCAAUUCGUUUCUCGCGUCCAUGGCGACGGUCGAUCUUAAUCCGGAUGAAAUGGAGGGAAAGUGGCCGAUGACGAUGUUGUACCCUUUGUACUACGAGUUCGCGCAGACCGCGCCUUUCUCCAGAGUGGCUGGCAUUAGACACGAAGCGACAUGGACGAAAGCCGAGUUGGUUUUCCGGAUGUUCAAUUAUACGUUGGGUCACGAGCUUUUCCAGAGAAGCGUGAGGAAGUUCUUCCAUCAACAGUCGAAAGAGGACCGCAGGACCUUCUUCGCCGACGACAUCUUCACUCACCUGAACGACGUGGCGAACGAGACGAACAAUCUGCCGGCCGGCCUGACCAUCAACGGCAUCGCCGCAUCGUGGAUCAAUCGGGACAGAGUGCCGUUGGUCACGGUCAUACGCGAUUACGAAACUGGACAAAUUAAUCUCAGCCAGAAAGUCUAUUUGAGAGACAUACCUCCGCAAUCGACAACGAAAAUAUCCUAUCAGUGGGACAUCCCAAUCGUGAUGCAGGCUGAGGAUAAGUUGAACUUCUCCAAUACCAAGCCGACCGUGUGGCUGACCAAAGAGAACGAGCCGAAAAAUUUCACGAUUUCAGACAUCACCGACGAGGACAAUUUCAUCAUCGUCAAUCCCGAGGAGAUAGGAAUGUUCCCGGUGAAUUACGACUCCUGCAACUGGAAGAUGCUCUCGCAGUAUCUACAGGGUCCGGAUCGCGAAAAGAUACCGGCGUUGACGAGAGCCAAGCUCCUGCACGACUCAUGGAACCUGGCUUACGCCGGCGAGCUGUGCUUCAGCAUCGCCAUGAACAUGACCCUCUUCCUGAGGGAGGAAAAGAGCCACGUGGUCUGGGAGCCCGUGUUCACGAUGAUCCAUCACGUCGGCCGCCGAAUCGAAGGCCUGGAUGUGUAUCCGAAAUUCGAGGCAUACAUCAAGAGCUUGCUGAAGCCGCUCUACUUGGAGCUCGGCGACACCGCGCGACUCAACGAUCCCUCCUGGAAAAUUCACAUGCGCGGUCUCAUCAAGAACUUCCUCUGUCGAGCUGGAUACGAGCCGUGCAUUAAGGAAGCCCGGGAUCAGUUCAAGAAAUGGUUGACCGACGAGGAGCCGGACAAGGGAAAUCCGGUCGCCAAUAAAUUCCUAUGCCCGGUGUUCAAGUGGGGCACCGACGAGGAAUGGGAAUUCGGAUUACAGCGCGUCAUAAAUUUCCCGCAGAACAGUUUGGCGAGGAAGCAGAACGAACGCACCUAUCUCCUAAAGACAUUAGCCGGCUGUCCGAAGGACGCAAACAAGAUCAAGAGACUGCUGCAAGUGGCCGUGCUGGACCAGAACGAGAAUUUCACGGACGCGGACAUCCACCUGAUCUUCAGCAUGCUGACCGGCGGCGCGACCGGCCACAGGACCCUCUUCAACUUUCUGGCUCAGCACUGGUACACCGUGAAGACGCGAUUCGAAAACAAGACCUAUCUGUGGGACGGCAUCGUCAACUUCGCCACGUCGUCUUUCAAUACGCAGGAGGGCUACGACAUGGUGAACAAGCUCUACAUGGACCACCAGGACGAGUUUGAGUCGGCGGUCGCCGUUAUUCAGAAGGCGCUCAGGAUCAUCGAACAGGAGACUAAAUGGAACGAGGAAAACGUACCAGUGAUCGACAAUUGGCUCAAGGAUCACCUGUCCAAAGAGGACUUGGACGCGAUCGCGAGCUCCGCGUCCACCACCGUCCUCUCCACGAUCACCGUGCCUACCACGACGGAUUAGACAGCGAUGACCCGGUCGAAUGAACAAACUUGGCAUAUGUUACGUCGAUAUUUGAUCCGCAAGGAAUCUACGGACUGUUUUCUUUUUUUUCUAGAAGAAUUCUUGUUUAUUCGUUUCUCCUUCUCUCUCUCUCUCUCUCUCUCUCUCUCUCAACUAACGUAGUUAUGGCGAUUCUCUCUUGAUUUCUUUGCGAAAUAAACAAUAACCGUUGCAUAGAUUUUUUUUAUUUUUAUUACACGUAGUUUUUAUUAGAAAAUCGCGUCGAUGAAAACUUGGCAAGUUGAUAGCUCAGAUACGUAUACGGGUGACGGAAAACUCGCGUUUCCGGGUAAAGACUGGCAUGCACGUAACGGUAUAAUUAGAAAAUGUAACAGUUCCGAUAGAUGUAGAUUAAACUUAGAAGUACCGCGAAAGUUUAAAAGUAAUAUUGUAUUAUAGUUAAAUUUUUAUUUUUGUAAGUCAAAUAAAAAUCACAAUAUCGUU